CCGCACGACAAGAUACGACCCCUGCAGCCUCUACCAUGCAGCAAUAGCUUCUGGCAGCUCUUCCUAUGUCCCUCUCGUUGAGCUGCUGCUGGGGUGGCGCGACUGGUCAUCGGGAUUGCAUUCGGCGGCGGGUUCGCACACGGUUCGUGCCGGCCACCAUCGCAGGACCGAUCGACUAUGCCGCCGUUGACGGGAGUCUCGUGUUACUCUCCAAGCUAAUUAUUUGAAGCACUGACGCUAGCCGAAACCUGCUUGAAUUCGCGCCGAAGUUUUCACUUAUUCGCGGUAUCAGGGCAUUUUUCUGGACUGAUUCGUCGACGCAGGCGCCCACAGAAACGCAAUGGAAUGGCCAGUCUUGCUUAGCAUUUAGCGCUGCAACGACUUGAGCUGACCCAACAACAAUGCCGAGCGCAAACCGUCGCACCUAUUUUAAGCGGGAGCUGCCGGCUCCUGCGGUCGCCUUUUCAUGCGCAGAAGGCCGAGCUAUCUUUGCCGAGGCCCUGGCGGCGGGGACCAUGGUCGGAUUCUUCCGACUUAUUGAGCAAUUCACCACGCAGGAGGAGCCCCAGUACUGCGGGCUGGCGGCGUUGGUGGUGGCGCUGAACGCGCUGGGCAUUGACCCGCGCCGCACCUGGAAGGGCGCGUGGCGGUGGUGGGCGGAGACGAUGCUGGACUGCUGCAAGAGCCUGGAGGACAUCCGGAGGGACGGCAUCACCAUGGGCCAGGUGGCCUGCCUGGCCCGCUGCAACGGCGCUGACGUCAGCGUGCACCGCCACGGCGCCUUCGACCCGGCCGCGUUCCGGCGGCUGCUGGCGGAGGUGUGCGCGGCAGAGGUGUUUCGCCAGUCGGGCGACGGGCACUUCAGCCCGCUGGGCGGCUACUGCCCGGGCAGGGACAUGGUGCUCAUAUUGGACGUGGCCCGCUUCAAGUACAGCCCCCACUGGGUGCGUGUGGACGACCUGCUUGAAGCCAUGGCACAGCCCGACCCGGCCAUUGGCAAGCCGCGCGGCUUCCUGCUCCUGGGCUGCCGCACGCCCCGCGAGUCCGCCCUCUUCAUGCUGGACCCCGCGGUGGCGCCCCUGCCACGUCAGCUGCCGCCCGCAGCACUUCGCUCGGCGCUACGGCCGGCGGCACCGGCUGUAGCAGCAGCGGCAGCGGCAGCGGCAGUGGCGGCACCGCAGGCUGUGGCAUCUGCGCCGCUGGCGCCGCCGGCGCUGGCGGGGGGUAGCAGCGGCGAUCUGGGGCCGGCGGCGGCGGCGCUCAGCAGUAGCAGUGGCGGCGGCGGCGGCGGCGGCGGCUGGGGGUGCGGUCUGCUGGGGAUGGGGAUGGACAAGGCGGGAAGCUGUAGCAGCCUGAGCAGCCUGGGUGGCUGUAGCAUCAAUGGCGGCGGCGGCGCGUCGCCGCGGCCUGGCGGCGGCGGCGGCAGUGCCGACGUGGAUGCGGACGCGGCGGCGGCGGCCGCCGCUGCCGAGGUGGCGGAGGCGUAUGCCUUCAUCACACGGCAGGCGCCGGCGCUGCUGCGGCAGCAGCUAGGACUGGCGCCGCCGCCGCCGGCGGCUACUGCUACUGCUACUGGCCAGGUGAGCGCUUCCGGGGAGGGUGCUACAGCCGCCGCCGCCGCCGCUGGCGGCGGCGCGGAGGCGGGCGAUGAGGACCACGACCUGGAGGAGGAGGACGAGGAGGAGGCGGCAGCUACAGCCGCCGCCGGCGGCAGUAGCAGCAGCAGCAGCGGCAGUAGCAGCGGAGGCGUGCCGACGCUGGAGGCGCUGGUGGCGGCGCUGGUGGCGGCGGCGCCGCUGCGGAGCAUCUGCACACUGCUGGUGAGGCGCCCCACGCUGGCGGCGGUGGGGGAGGCGGUGCCGGGGCCGUGCUGCGGCUGCCCCAUCGCGGCGGCGGCGGCGGCGGCGGCGGCGGCGGCAGGGCCGCAGGAGGCGGCAGCGGGGGCACGGGAGGCCCCGGUGCCGGCGCCACAGGCGGUGGUUGCUGGGGCAGGGGUCGGGGGUGCGCGUGACCAGCAGGCCUGCUGUAGCGGCGGCGGCGGCGGCGGCGGCGGUGGUGCAGUUGUUGGCGGGAUCAGCAUUGUUACGGCGGUGGCUCCCUCGCCCUUCCUGCCGCUUGCCGGGACGCGCGCUGCCCCGCACACGGACGCGCACGCACACGCACACACGCACUCACACACGCACCAGCACGACAGUAGCCACGGCAGUAGCAGCAGCAUCGGCAGCAGCUGCUGCAAAGCCGUCAGCAGCAGUAGCAGCAGCAGCGGCAGCACCACCACCACCAGCAGCACGGCGUCAGAGGGGCUGGCAUCCGCUGACGGCAACGGCAGCAGCGCCAGCGGCGCCAGCGGCAGUAGCAAUAGCGGCAGUAGCAUGGCCGGCGAUGACGGCGCCAGCCCGGAUCCGCCGCUUGGUCUGUACGGCCGCAACAGUGUGGGAGCCACGUUCGUUGGUGGCGGCAGUAGCAGCAGCAACGGCGACGGCAGUAGCAUGCUCAUGAUGGCGGGUGCUACUGCCGGGGGCGACGGCAGUAGCCGCUGCUGCCACGGGGAGCCGCUGGAGCACCACUGCGUGCCGCCGCAGGUCCAGGCCUUGACCCUGGAGGAGCUCCGUUUCACCAACAUGUUCAAGCUGGUCAGCUACUGCCUGCGCCGAGCCGCCGGCUGUAGCCACGCGCCGCCGCCCGACCUGUCCGCUUUCAUGAAGCCAGCCAUGCCGGCUGCAGCAGCGGCGCCCGCGGCUGUAGCAGCGCAGCCGGCUGUAGCAGCAGCGGCGGCGGCGUCCCCAGUGGGUCAGGGCGCCUCUGCUACUGCCACUGCCUCUGCUACUGCCAUUUCCGCCGCGGCACCGGCGGCACCCGCGGCUGCUGCGGCUGCUACAGCCGGCGGCGAGUGCGGCUGUAGCCUGCACCUGCCCGACAUGGCGGCGGAGAAGCUGACGGCGGCGCUGCUACUGCUGUCCGAGGCCGACUGCUGGCCCGUACAACAGCCGCCGCCGCCGCCGCCGCCGCCAUCCCAGCCGGGCGCUGGCGGCGCCAACGGCGACGGCUGCAGCGAGGGCAGCAGCGCUGCCACCGCAGCAGCAGCGGCGGCGGCGGCCGCCGCCGCCGGCGUGCGCAUGUGCAAGCGGCCCAACUGCCGGCGCUGCCGGCGGCGGCUGGCGGCGGCGGGCGAUCGCGCGGCGGCGCUGGCGGUCCUGCGUGAGGAGUGGGGCUCGCUGCUGCGACUGGCGCCGCUGGGGCUCUUCGCGUCCUCGCCGGUACUGCGCGACGAGCUGGCGUUCGUGCGGCUGCAGCUGGCGGCGUCGCCGCUGCUGGCGGGCAGCCGCCUGGCGGCGCCGGCGGCGCCGGCGGAGCGGUUCGUUAGCAGUGCGGUGGCGGUUGUGUGAGGUGCCCGCACCACGGCCGGCGCGGAGGGCCGUGGCUGGGCGGCGUGGCAGGGGUGUGUGUAUGUACGAUAUGUGUUUUUCGGGGCGCUCGGCAGCCUGUGAUGCGCGGCGCAUUCUGAUCUUGAGAUCGAUGUGAUCAGGGGAUGCAAUAGAUCGCAUUAACGGGCUCGGCUGUGGUGUAGCUAUCAUGUCACGUCACGGCUGGUUGAGCUGCUCAGGUGAUGCGGCAAGGCGAUACCAUACUUUAUUGUCGACUUUUGGCGAAGGCUGCUGGGCUAGUGAUUUUGGUUGCGUGACUCGUGACUGUGAAGCAGUAGGUAUUGAUAAGGUAGAUACGGAGCGCACGAUGGUUGUUUAGGGUAGCGGUUGCAACCAGCAAUGGGCGUCCGCUGCCGCGUAUCAAGGGCCCCGCGUGCGGGCAGGGCUGAGGCGCUGAGUGGUGUGUGUGGGGCGUGGGUGUGGGGACCGGUACUGUGAGGUCCGUCGUGGAACUCACGAUUCGAGGGCCGCAUGUGAAACUGAGGAGCGUGAUCAUUUGGGCAUUUGCCAGUAGCAUGAGGGCGUGUGGUAUGUGCGGUGUGCACGUGUUUGUUGUGAUUGUUCAGGUUCGCACGGAGUCACGGAGGGGAUUGAUUAGCACAGCGCAAUCGCGUGUGUGUUUGGAAAGACCACCAGGGAUGCCUGAUGCGCUCAUGCACGUGGGUGGCCAGAUGCAUGGCCUGGAGGCCUGGGCUGGGGGCCCAACGCCACCACA